AUGUCUUUCCCGAUUACCGACGUACCGUCAGGAGCUUCAUGCUUUACCUCAGCACCUAGUAUUGGUCAAGCUUCAACGACCACAUUACUCCUCUCCAAACUAGACCGUUUGAUAGCUACGAAUGCUUCUGAGUCCACUCACAGUGAGAACAAUGUAUCCGCAUGGAGUAUCGCUAACUCUGUCUUGGCGUGUGUCCAUGCUCAAAACACACAAAGACACGCAGCACGUGGAAGUUACGUUUCCGACUCAUCCUCAACUCAGGACACGCAGCAAGUAGUCUCAAAAGUCAGAGAAAUCGUUUCAACCCUUCCACAGGAAUUUCGAGAUGCGGUGACUAGGGAGGUCAGAAAGCUUAAUCUAAUAGAUGCUGUUUCUGACUCACCCACUUAUCCCGAGACGCGGGUUAACGUCUUCCUGCACGAAGAUGAUUACUCCAACGUUUGA